UCAACUUCAUAACCUCAAAGAAACAAGCGGUGGCGAGUGUCGUAUAUUGUCACGAGAGAUUUUAGGACGUCGUCAAUGGUUGAAAGCAUUGCGAGGAGAUGGUCUGUCUAGUGACCCCGGUGAAGGGAAAGGACACUCGUGAAUCAAAGGCAACUGUGCAGUGUAAACAUUCAGACGCGAUGGGCGACGGGAAUGAGGACGACAACCUUAAACUACGGCGACUGGCUGGUGGCAGUAUCGUCGACUACCCGCCACUAUUUUCCUCCGAUGGAGAUGCUAUUCUCGUUAUCUUCAAAAAUCUGGUGCAAGUGUACUCGACAACGACAGGGGAAUGGCUGCGGGACCUGGAAGGAGUCAAGGACGAAAUCAUAGGAAUUCAAUAUGACCUGAACAACCCGAAAAUUGUGUUCGCUCUUUCGAAAACGGGCGAAAUGAUUCGCUGGAAGUGGGAGACGGGAGAAAAUCUGGGCACACGGCUGCUGCCUUUCGACAAUUACACCGUGCUCUCGUUCCACCUGGUUGAUGUGCUUCCGGAAUCGACCUCGGGGUUCAUGACAUACACCAGCAGCGUAACAGGAAGAGUUGAUUGGGCCGUAGUUGAUAUGCCAGUUGGCGAGAGGUUGACGAAUUUAGGCUGGGACCUAGAUUUGGGACGCGGCUGGGUUCAGGUUGAUGUCGAGAACGUUCACUUCCACUAUGUGGCGAUCAUUCAAGGAAUGAGGAUGUACUUAGUGAGCUACAAACACGGAUUCGUUAAACAAUGGAGAAAUGGAAAUAAAUCACCGUUCACUGUUGUUCGAGUACAUCCUGAGGAGGAAAUGAUUGCAACUGGUGAUUCAAUGGGACGGAUAUUCCUAUGGCGCAAUAUCUUUGGAGCUCAUCAACCACAAACCUGUUUGUAUCACUGGCAUCAUACACCUGUAACAAGUAUAGCAUUUACAAAAUCAGGCUCUGGAUUCUAUUCUGGAGGCCAGGAAUCAGUACUCGUUCAGUGGAACAUGUCGAGACCGGAUUUGAAAAAUUUUUUGCCACGUAUGCAUGCGAUUAUUAUACACAUUGCCGUUGGCGAAAACAACCGAAAAGUCGCUGUUUGUACAGCGGAUAAUGGCAUUCAAAUAUUAGAUUCACAGAACAAAGCGAAAUGCAUGCUCCAGGGGUUCACAUAUGUUUACAAUGACAAGACUGGCUUGGAUAAGUUCCCAAUGGGGAUGAAAUUGAAUCCACGAACCAAUUCGUUAGCAUUAAAUGGUCGCAUUGGGCAUAUACAAUUUUAUUCUACCUACACUAGGCGGUUGUUGCAUAAUGUGGAUGUUGUGUUACAAAAUCGACUCUCAAUGGAAAGUGAGAAAAUUCUCUAUAAUAUUCGAGUAACUUCAGCAGCAUUCAAUGUUGAUUGGAUGGCGACAGUGGAGGAGUUGAAUGAUCAAGAACAUUGCCCAGAAGUAAGAUUGAAAUUCUGGCAAUUUGAUAAGGAGAGUCAGAACUAUACUCUGAACACAAAUGUUGAACAACCUCACGAGGGAAGUGUUAAAGCAGUUGAAUUCUCCAGUGCAUUGGAUACUGAAAACUUAUUGUGUGCUACGGCUGGUUGCGAUAACUACUUAAAAAUCUGGGCAUUAGAAGAUUCUGCUAGUAUUCACAAGAAAGGAAAGGUGUGGUUCUGCAUUGCUCGUACAAAUUAUAAAAAUUUCAAUUUAGAAUGCAUAAGUUUCUCACAAGAUGGUUCAUUAUUAUCGGCUGGCUUCCGAAAUUCCCUUUGCAUUUAUAAGUCUCAAACUUUAGCUUUGAAAGCUGUUUUGAGUGCGCCUGGAAAAUUCAAUGGCACAAUCCAGGAGGUCGACAUACAAAUCCCACAAGGAAAGUUAGAAAACUCACAAAGUGAUUACAAUGGCAAAAAAGGUGAAGUCUUGGAGAAACGUCGAAAAAUUUUGGAAUUGUUUAAAAGUCUUCUAGAAACUAAUGAUAAUAAGUUGAUUCAAGAGCUACAAAAAGGCGAUGAUGCUGUGAAGAAAAAAAAUAUUAACUCAGGACAGUCUUUAUGUAAUAUGACUUUGGAUACUGCGCAGCAAGAAUAUCUUUUCAAGAAGAUUCGUUCAUUGACUGAUUUGAGUCUCUUCCAAAAAGUGGAUUUGUACCAAAAACUUGGUAUCUACUGUUCGGUUCCUAAAGAAUCGAGAAAUCAAAUAGCAAAAUACAUAGCAAAAAAUAUCUUGGAAAAAGAUAGUAUAGAAUGCAAUCUAGAUAGAAAUAUUAAAUCUUUAAGCAAAAAAUAUAGAUUCAAGGCGAAGUAUCGCAUUCAUAAGCAUCUUAGUCGGAAGGUAAAGCAUGAAGACGAUGAUAAAUUGAUUUCUGUCAUGAGUUUGCUUGGUCUGAGCGAUCAUCCUACAAUGCACCACACCAGUCACAAUAAAAAGUCAAUAGUAGAUAGUAAAGGCUGUAACGGUUUCAUUGAAGAUGAUGCUGAGAUGGAGUCCUCAAGCGAUGUCAUGGAGACAUUAAAACCUCUUGAAGUUGUGUCAAAUAUUAGGCACGUUGCAUUUGCUACGGGAGAAUAUGCACAUUUGGUCAUAGUUUGCACAGAAAACCGGGUACUUAUUUGGAACAUUCUAACACUUCGUCUUCAAUCAGUGCUCCGACUGUCUGUGUUUAGGAUAACUGUUGAUCCGUUAACUAGUUUAUGUGCAGCUUUCACAAUAAAUGACGAACUGUAUGUGUUUCCUCCAAACGCCCCCAUGCCUCUAUAUCAUCGAGUGAAUAUUCCUAAAAUUCAUGAUGCAAUAUGGUUGCCAAGAAGAUAUCCAAAAUCUUAUUCAUUGAAUUUAGAUUGGCAAGCAAUAUCAACUUUGUAUUUCCUUACCAAGGACCAGGAACUUACGUACUUGGCUGAUGAUAAAGACGAUGAUAUUACUGUUGCUGCCACAUUCACCAACGAAGCUCAAGAUGUGGCGCGGUAUUCGACGUUUGGCACUUUUGCUGCGAAACAAGCAAAUGCUAGAAUAGUGCAAUCUUCUAAGAAUGCAACAGCGAUUGGAGUGACUGGGAAGGCAGCAGUUAAAUCGCUCAUAGAGAUGGCGACGCAUACAAUGGCACCUAAUCAUUUAUUAUGCGGCGAUUUUAUUGAGUCUAUGCUUAAAACUCAAGCUGAUCAUACACCUGCGAAUACCACAAAUGUAAAUGCAAAAGUAAUGGAACCAGUGCAUGAAUCUGACAGUGAUGAAUCAGACGGUGAAGUUAAACGAAAAUCCAAGAGGGCUGCACUAGAAAAAUACACAUCAGUUGAGUCAACAGAAAUUAUUAACAAAACAAAACAACUUAAGAAGCGAGAAAAGCUGAGAAAAAUGCUGGAAGAAAACAUUGAAAUAAUACUUUAAAUUGACUUUUUAGUUAUUAAUUUAAGAGUAAUAUGUGAAUAUUCUGUUUCUUUCUUAUAACAUAGAUUUUAUGAGUAUGUAAAUCUUUUUAGAGUAAUAGUUUUACAAUAUAUAGUUUUUGAAA